AUCUUACUAACAAAGUUGAAGUUGAUUAUAUCCGAGAUUUUGAAAGUGUUGUAUCAAGAUUCGAUAAGCAAACAACAAUCAGAAUUUAUGUUACAUCAGCAAAGGAUGGUUAUUCAAGUAGUGCUAUAGGAAGAGCUAAAUCAUCUGAAUACCAUUUACUAUUGAUGAACAUAUAUGAUCUGUGUCAGAAAGAAAAAGUAGAUGAGAUAAUUGAGAAUCUCAAAUGUCAAGAGAACUAUAUCACCUUUAACCCUAAUUUGUUAGAAGAAGCAUAUACCAGAGCAAAGGUGUUUGAGAAUGCUUAUAAACAGAAUUCUGUUCAAACUGCUUAUACAACUCCAACAGUAUUUUAUUCUCCUUAUAGUUUCUCUGAAACCCCAAACCUUAACCUCACUAAUCAGCGAAGGCCACUAUCUAGAUCUCGGUCUGAAAAUUUUACCCCAUCUACUAUAACGUGUUUCACUUGUGGCCGUACUGGACAUUAUAGUCGAAAUUGUCCUGAUCUAUCUAAUAAUCGUAACUCUUCAGCUAAUAAUCAGCCACCU